UACCUUUUUAAUAUAAAAAUAGUUUAAAAAAUAUACAUAAAUAUGAGACAAGAGAAAUUUCGAAAAUUAUGAGUAUUGGAGUCAAAGCAGUAACAAUUGAUCCUUCUUCCAGAGUUUACUCUUGCAAGAAAUUCUUGGACUCUUCCUUUUUUGUUGCAAUGACCCGACCUGCUGUUCACGAGGAAUCUGUGAUAACAGAAGCUGGAUUUGUUGAGAUAAUUUGAGGCAGAUUAAAUGAAGAAAAAUGAAAUUGAGACGACCUCGCCGUCCGGCGACGAUUGUUUUCUCGAUUAUUAUACUCGUAAGCGUAUUUUUGAUUUGGUCCAGGAGCCAAGGCAAUAGCGCCGAGCGGCAAGAUGACUUCAUCUCAAUAAGGUCACAUGGAAAUCAAAAAGAUUACAUCGAUCGUCGAGGAAUUCAUGUAGUAAUCGGUCAUUACAUAGGAGAUUCUGUAGAUUCCUUAAAAAUUCCAAACAUCACGAAAGAUAUUAUAAAUAAAAAUUUGUUUGACCCACGGCCAUUUGAAGGUAAAAAUGGAGAACCUGUAAUAAUACAUCCAAAAGAUUUUUAUAAGAUGCAGCAAUUAUACCAGAUUAAUCGAUUUAAUUUGAUGGUUAGUGAUAGGAUACCAUUAAAUCGAUCUUUACCUGACGUUAGAAAAAAGAA